GGCAAAGAUGUUUUCAGCUUCUUCACUGUACUCGUAAAUUAACGCGGCGUUAAAGAAUGGCUCCUUACGUGCUUGUUUGUCAGCUUUCAAUAAUUGUUGGGAUGCCAGGAUUGUCGUAGAAUGAUCCAGGAGCGUGAUUGGCGCUGCUAUUUUAUCCAAUUUUAUCAGAUUAGAAUGCUUUGAAUAUGAAGAUGAGGCUGAAGCUGAAAACCGUGUUUGUGCUUUACUUCAUGGUCUCGUUGCUUGGGCUUCUCUAUGCAUUGAUGCAAUUAGGUCAACGCUGUGACUGUACAGAGCACAACACGAUGAAGGACAGGGCAAUAGCCAGGCUGCGAGAUGAAGUGCACAAAUUGCAAGAAGAGGUGAAGAGGUCUGACAUAAAGCCUUCGAAGAAGUCCGACCAACCCACUAUUUACGUCAUCACGCCCACCUAUGCCAGGUUGGUGCAGAAGGCUGAGCUGACGCGUCUCUCCCAGACCUUCCUGCAUGUGCCGCAGCUACACUGGGUGGUGGUGGAGGACGCUGAGCAGCCCACGGCGCUGGUGCGCAGCCUGCUAGCCUCUUCGGGCCUGGCCUACACACAGCUCCACACGCUCACCCCCAAGGACCGGAAGCUGCAGGAGGGAGACCCCAGCUGGCUGAAGCCCCGCGGGGCCGAGCAGAGGAACGAGGGCCUGCGCUGGCUGCGGGAGAUGGCCUCUGCCAGCAGAGGGCAGCAGGGAGCCAACGCUCACACUGCUGUGGAGGACGCCGUGGUGUACUUUGCGGACGAUGAUAACACAUACAGCCUGAAGUUGUUUGAAGAGAUGCGGGAUACUAAGCGCGUGUCGGUAUGGCCUGUAGGCCUAGUGGGGGCGAUGCGGUUUGAGCGCCCGUUGGUGGAGGGAGGGAAGGUGGUCGGCUUCCACACGGGCUGGCGCCCCAACCGCCCCUUCCCCAUCGACAUGGCCGGCUUCGCCGUGUCCCUGCGCCUGGUCCUGGCCAACCCGGAGGCCCGCUUUGAUGGGAACGCCCAGAUGGGCUACCUGGAGAGCAGCCUCCUGCAGGGGCUGGUGACCAUGGAGCAGCUGGAGCCCAAAGCUGACCUGUGCACCAAGGUGUUGGUGUGGCACACCCGAACAGAGAAGCCAAAGAUGAAGAGGGAGGAGGCGCUGCAGAAGCAGGGCUUGGGCUCGGACCCCAAUGUGGAGGUGUGAGAGGUGCCCAGGUAAAUACGGCUGCACUUCAUUCUGGUUCCUCCAAUCCUUUCCUCUGGCCUCUCGAUGUCAUUGAUCUUUUUAUUUAACCCAUUAAUGCCUAAGGCUCCUGCAAAAACGCCUGAUAAAAUGUCUAAGCCCUUUUUGGAAAAAGGUGCCCUCAGCCUAUAAAAACCUAAAUAUCUCCGCUUCCGAAGCGCAUAAAAAACUUGAAAUAAGUUGCAUUUAAAAGACCCUCAUCUUGCAUUAGAAUAUGUUCAUUCAGCUCUAAAAUACCCACAUUUUUAAAUAAAAAAUUGCAUGCCUCACGAGCCUGAAUGUUGCAUCCAUGCAGCUUCAGGAGCCUGGGUUGCAUAUACGCAGUAUUUAGCAUCAAUUGGUAAUAUUUAGAACACUAAAGCCAGGCUCAAACUACACGACUAGCGAUUGUGUGUCCGAUUUUGGCAUCGGGGUGCACCGCACACUAGAAGAGAAUCGCAACUGUCAAUCUUAUCGCUGCUCGCAGCCACCGAGACAAUGCCCGACGUUCUAUUUCCAGUCGCAAAUAUCAAACAGUGUUUGAUUUCUAUGACUUGCGAUCAGCGACUCUUUGAGCUGCUAAAGUUCUAUCUUAGAACGUCGCCCACAACGAGGAAAUCUUUCCCGACAAUCGCUUGCGAUGGUCCUGGGGAGUAACGUUCCAGCGAUUGCGGUAAGGGGGGUUUUCAGCCUAGAAUCGGGCCAAUAGUCGCGUAGUUUGAGCCAGGCUUAACAAAUCCAGGCACUCUAACGUUUAAAAGCCUUUUUUUGUAUGGGCUUUCUCAUUUUAAACAAGGCCCUUAAUAUCUUGCAAUGGCAUAAUUCAGACAUUAUUCUCUCAUUUGACAUUAGGAUAUUGACAUGCCUGCCAUAGGAAAAAAGAUAUUUAUUCGUGACACCGAGGGCACAAGGUCAAUUGCUGCAGGAAAGGACUGGAUCAACUGGAAUGAUUUGCACCCUACGUUCCUCUCCACGUUCCCAAUCGUCUCCCAUCCAGACAGCAUUGCAAUGCUAAGCAUUGGAGAAGUAAGUAAGAGAAGUGCCAUUACAAAAUUCAGAAUGCCAAAGUGAAGGAGCACUCACUCAGAACGCUGAAACUGAAAUCGACAUCAUCGUUGAACAUUAACUUCAAUCAUUCUGCAAAUUUGACUUCAUAAAUAUCUGAAAUGCCAUGCUAAGCAAACAACAAUAGUCUCACUCCACUGUUUAUUUAUUAAGCAAAACACAGACAUGUUUUGUAAAAGACUAUCUUGACAAGUCCAGUGUGUUUGUUUGCCAUGAGCAGUUGAGCCACUGAACAACUCAGAAAGGUAAUGGUGAAUGGGGAAAUAUUUAUUGCGGGGAAAAAAAAUCUUCUAUAUGUAUUUAUAAACAUACAUAUUUGGGGUUGAAUGUUUUUUUCAUUCUGUGAAUAUUCUGUUUUUAUGAAUGUACAUGUUGGUUGAUGUUGCUGUUGUGUGUAAGCCAUGAAAGGAACUCCCAGUGUUUUGUACAUGUUGUUAAAAGGUGAACUGGAAGUACUUGUACUAUGGUCUUGAUUUACUGUGUUUUCUUCAGACCUAAUUUAAUAUGCUGUUGUACCCUCUGUUAUCUGGACAUGCUACCGUGCAGAGAAACUAUUGUUGAUGUCGGGCCUUGUAAAUUACAUUUGUUUUAUAUGAACUGUUGAAAUUAAAAUGUUAUUAUUACA